AUGCCUCCCGUAUCCAGACUUUUCGACUUUAUCGUUAUCGGCGGCGGCAGCGGUGGCCUAGCGUGUGCACGCCGCGCUGCAUCAUAUGGCGCCAAGGCCAUCGAAGACGCCACGCACUACGGCAUCAACGUCGAGGUGCGGUCGUUCGACUGGGGUGCACUGAAGGCAUCGCGCGACGCAUACAUCAAGCGUUUGAACGGUAUCUACGAGAGAAACAUGGCCAAGGACAACGUUGAGUACGUCGACGGCAUGGCCAGCUUUAUCAGCAACACAGAGGUCAAAGUCAAUGAUGCCGUGCUCCAGGCCGGCCAUAUUCUGAUCGCCAGCGGCGGCCACCCAAUCAUCCCCAAGGUUGACGGCGCCGAGCACGGCAUUGACAGCGACGGCUUCUUUGAUCUGGAGGUGCAGCCCAAGCGCGUGGCUGUUGUUGGCUCCGGGUACAUUGGCGUCGAAAUUGCGGGUAUCUUCAAGACCCUUGGCUCGGAGGUGACCGUGUUCACGCGCACAGAGCACAUUCUGCGCCACCAUGAUAGCAUCAUCGGCGACACCAUGCUGGCCGAGAUGAAGCGCCUGGGCCUCAAAUUUGAGCACAACAGCAACGUGCAUGGCAUCAAGAAGCAUGAUGGCGCCGAGUUCCCCCUCGAGCUCAGCUGGUCGACUGAGGGCAAGGAGUCCAGCGAGUCGUAUGACUGCGUGCUGUGGGCUGUGGGCCGCGCGCCGAACACCAGGCCGCUCAAUCUGAGCGCGGUUCCGGGAGUCAAGCUGAACAAUACCGGCCACAUCAUUGCCGAUGAGUACCAGAACACCGGUGUCUCGGGCAUCUACAGUCUCGGUGAUGUCUUUGGCAAGUCUGAGCUCACGCCCGUGGCCAUUGCGGCCGGGCGGCACCUCGCGGACCGGCUGUUUGGGGGCGAGCAGUUUGCGGACUCCAAGCUGGACUACGUCAACAUCCCGACCGUGAUCUUUGGACACCCAACCGCCGGCACGAUCGGCCUCACUGAGGAGCAGGCCAAGUCUGAGCAUGGGGCGGACAACAUCAAGAUCUACCAGACGCGCUUCACCAACAUGUACAACUCGCUUACGCCGUACAAGCCGCCCACGGCCAUGAAGCUGAUUGUCGCUGGCCCCGAGGAGAAGGUUGUUGGUCUGCACAUCAUUGGCCGCGGCUGCGACGAGAUCCUGCAGGGCUUUGGCGUUGCCAUCAAGAUGGGUGCGACAAAGAAGGACUUUGACAACUGCGUUGCCAUCCACCCCACCAGCGCCGAGGAGAUUGUCACCAUGCGCUAA